AUGCUGUUGCUCAUAGGGAGCGUUUCCAGACUGGUAAGACCAGAGACAGAUGAGCUGGGGGACUUGUUGACCGGGUUCAUUGAUAGCCAGCAACCGCUGGAAGGUAUCCCAGAUGAUGACCAUUUGGACAGUUCAGAUUGGGGACCGUUCCAAUCCUCAUUUGGUAGGACACAUUCAUUCAACAUAUGCCAUCCCCGGACUGCAGGAAAUAUGUGAUGUUGUCAGUCAUCUCUUGCACUCCCAUAAUAAAAAUGAUGUAAUGAACUCAACUCUUGAAAAAUAAUGUUCUCUAAUGCAGCAAUGUAAUCAUUUUCUAGAGGCAGAUGAUCACCAUAGCUUGGAGGGGACUUGUCUUAACAGGAUGAAGGUCAGCCCGUGAGCAAGUCACUAACCCAGGCCGGAGGACAAAGACAGAGGCUGAGCAUGCAUGAGAAACUGGCCAUGGCAUUUCAUGAGUGCAAACUAAUGUAUUUAAAAAAGGAGCAUGAUAUGAAGAUGCAAAUCCUUUAUGUUGAGUUGGCUAUGGAGGAGGAGGAGGAGAGAAACAUGAAGCAGCAGCCGUACCAAUGUUCUUCUCGAACCAGCACCAGUUCAGGGUCCUGA